AUGGCCCGCCGGGCGCUGCUGGGCCUCGCGCUGUGCCUCCGCGGUGCGCCGCGCGUGGCCGCCGCGGGCUGCCCGAGCAGCGCGCCGCCGGCAUGGCCCGUCCGGUUCAAGAUCCUGCAGCGGAAGGUGCCGGCCGACGACGCCGACUGCGGGAGGGGCACCUGCUCGAACGUCACCGCCUACUACGACUGGGGGCGGCAGGCGAACCUGAUAAUCGUUCGGUGCCCCGCGAACUCCACGCUCUGGGACCUGGAGUUGGGCAGCGGGCACUCGUACUACAUCCACCCAGGCCUCCGGCAGUGCAUGUUCCAUGAGUUCGACGUGGGCAUCCUGCGUCGCUCUUGGCUGGAGGGGGCUACCUUCCUGGGCGAGUCGUUCCUCAACGGGAGACUGUGCCAGGUCUGGACGAAGGACGAUUUCAUAGACUAUUAUGCCGAUGCCGAGGACUGCACGCCUGUCAGCUGGUUUUUUCACACCAUGCGCGCUUGGUUCCACACGAUCGACUACCUCGAAGGCGAGGCGGUGCCGGACGACAAUUUCUUCUCGCCGCCAGAGUACUGCCCGAAUCGCACGGCGGGCCUUGACGGCCUCCAUCACGAGUCGCCGGCGCUUGUGGUGUGA